UUCCGGUCCUUUUUAACACAGGCCAUUCUAUGAUAUAAUUUUAUGAUAUUAAGAAAAUGUUAUUUCUUGAGAGACUGAUGAAGCACUUGAACAGGCUCCCCAGGGAAGUUUUCAUGGCCCCAAGACUAUCAAUGAUCAAGACGUGUUUGACAGUGCUCUUAGGUAUAGAUUUAGCUUGUUCUGUGCAGAUAGAUGAACUCAAUGGUCCUUCUGAGCUUCUUCCAACUUCUAUCAUUCUAUUGAAGAUAUUACUGUUUCUGUAUUAUCUAUUUUUUUUUUGCUAUCCACGACAGUUACGAGAACAUUAAUAUGAAGCCUACAACCUUAAUAAUAGUAAUGAUAAAAUUAAGUUUUGGAAAACAGUUUGAAAAAUAGUAUCAGUGUAAUUAUAGGUUUGCAUUAACAACCUUUGUAAAACAGCCUGUUUUAAAAAACUUCUCACAAUGACGUUUGGAGGACUGAAGCACUUCUCCUAUGAAAGAAGCUGAGAGAGCUGAGGCUGUUCAGCCUGGAGAAGAGAAGGCUCCGGGGAGAUGUUAUACUGGCCCUCCAGUACCAAAAAGAGUAGAAUAUAUUCAGGUGCUCACCAAGGAAUUUUACAGUCUUCAGUCCUCUAGUGAAACACGCAUUAUUGAACUUCAAACACAGAAUUCCGAGUUUCAGGCAAGACUAGAUACUUACGAAAAACUUGAAAAAGACCUUGAUGAGAUAAUAAUGCAGACAGCAGAAAUGGAAAAUGAAGUUGAAGCUGAAAGGGUUCUCUUCUCAUAUGGGUAUGGUGCUAAUGUUCCUACAACAGCCAAAAGACGACUAAAGCAAAGUGUUCACUUGGCAAGGAGGUUACUGCAGCUAGAAAAGCAAAACUCGUUGCUUGUAAAAGAUCUGGAACAUCAGAAGGAACAAGUAACACAGAUUUCACAAGAGCUUGACAGAGCAAAUUCUUUGUUGAGUCAAGUACAACAGCCAUACAAAUACCUCAUUGAAACUGUGCAACAGAGAGAUUCUCAAAUAAGUGUGCAGAAGGAACAUAUUGCAGAACUUGAAAAAGAUGUCAGUCUUUUAAAUAAAGAAAAGACAGCUUUGCUGCGUGUCAAGAAUCAAAUGGCAGCAGAUUUGGAGAGACUUCUAAAUCACCGUGAGGAACUAGCCGUAAUGAAACAGAUUCUAAUUAAUCUACAGGAUAAACACAAGGAACAAAAUUUACUUCCAUCUCAAAUUAAUGUAAAAAGUUUGACUACAGAAAACAAAUUAAACCCUUCAGUAAAACUGCUGCCAGAAUAUGAAGAAGAAAAUGUAUUUAGACCUAAGCCAACAUUAUUUACAAAUACACAGGCACCUGUAUGGUACAAGAAACUGCAGAAGAAAACAUCACCAUAGCAUUUUUCAGUAAAUACUUGAGAAAAUCCUUUAAGGAGAUUUUCUUUGAAGAAAGAUAUUUUCACCAUAAUAAUGCCUCUUUUCCCAUAAAGGCAUACAACUCUUUUGUUUACAACUGUUGCUUUAUAUCUGUGAUAUUAUCUUAUGUUGUAUAAAAUAAUUUUUAGAUCUGCCGUGUGAAUAAAAUGUGUGGAAAUAAUGCAUGCAAUAAACUUACUAACAUAUAUUUGAAUUUUAAAAGAUAAAUAAACACCAUCAUACUGUAUAUAUUUAUAAUCUGAGUUGUUAAACGGUGUCUUAUUCAUAGCGUUCAAAUGAAUGCAUGCUUCAGCUCUCUAUAUUGUUUUUCUUGGACCUUGUGCUUCAUGUCACAUUCCUUGCAACUAUUCUGGCUCACAGAAAUUGAAAAAAUAUACAUGAAUUAGCAUCAGACUGUAACCUACUUCCUGUGAGGGAAAUCACAUAAUUGUAGGAGCUGAUAGGGAGCUCUGGAGAUCAUCUAGUCUAACCCCCUGCUAAAGCAGGUUCCCUACAUUAUGUUAUACAGGAAAGCGUCCAGGUGGAUUUUGAAUAUCUCCAUAGAGGGAGACUC